AUGGACGAUGAAUUUAUUGCAGAGCUCAAAUCCAUGAUGAAAGAUGUCAAGGAAAUUAAAACCACGGUCAACAAUACUGAUGCGAAGUUAGCUGGAUUUACAAAGAGAAUGGAUGAGGUGGAAAGCCAAAACAAAGAGCUGAAAAAAACGUGUGAUAAUUUGCAAGACAAGGUAAAUGAUCUUGAUCAAUAUAGUCGUAUAGAAAACGUUAUAAUAAAUGGGAUUCCACAAAAAGAUGACGAAAAUAUACGCCAAGUAGUCACGUUAGUAGCUGAAAAAUUGAACGUAACUCUACACGAAUGCGACAUAUCAACAGCUCAUCGCCUACCUAGUAAACCAGAUAGGAUACCUGCCAUUAUCGUUCGCCUGAACAACAGAGAUAAGAAGUCGGAGCUCGUAAUAAAUUCACGUAAGCUGAGAAUAAAUAGUAAAGAUAUAAAUCUGAUGCCAGCAGCUCCCAUCUUUGUGAACGAACAUUUAACCUCAAAGUUGCACAAGAUAGAAUUGAGUGUGAGAGACUGCAAGAAUCCUAUGCCCAGUUCUGGGCCUAGCGGAGUUGGGUUCUAUUUAAUUAUAGUUACUCGAUCUUUUGUAAACCUAGUUCUAAGAAUUUUAUAUCAUUACUUCGCUAAUAAAGGAUUAUUAUUAUUAUUAUUAUUAUUAUUAUUAUAG